AAGAGGCAAUGCAAUAAUUCAAGCUGAGCAUUGCCCACUAUUUAAGCACAUCGAACUUCCUCCUCCGUCGCUCUCAUCUCUCAAACCAAACACGACUCAGAUCACUAUGACUCAACACAAUACCACUGAACCAGAAGGAGAAGCUUCCAUUCAUGGAGACGUAUUGGAGGCCAUAUUCUCCCACGUGCCUCUCAUUCACCUCCUCUCCGCCUGCCACGUGUCCAGGUCCUGGAACCGUGCUGUUUCCUCCUCCCUCGCUCACCUCAACCCCAUCAAGCCCUGGCUCAUCCUUCACACUCACAGCUCCAGGUCUCCUCACUUUACUGCUACACACGCCUACGACCCUCGUUCCCAUCUCUGGCUUGAUAUUCGCCGCCCAGAGUCACCGUCCGUCAAACGCGCCUCCGCCCUCCGGUCAUCCCACUCUACUCUGCUCUACCUUCUGUCUCCCACCAUUUUCGCCUUCUCCUUCGACCCCCUGCAUCUCACGUGGCACCACGCCGACGCCCCCCGCGUCUGGCGAAUUGACCCGAUUGUCGCUCGUGUAGGCCACCUCAUCGUCGUCGCCGGCGGUGCCUGCGACUUCGAGGAUGAUCCCCUCGCGGUGGAGAUUUACAAUCCAGGGACCCGCACCUGGAGCACGGGUCCUUCCAUGCCGGAGAUCCUAAAAGAUUCCACAGCCAGUAUGUGGCUGUCCGUUGCCGUCGACGAGCAGAGAAUGCACAUGACGGAGAAAAACUCCGGCGUCACAUACUCUUUCGAUCCGAACGCCGAGAUCUGGUACGGGCCGUACGAUCUUCGACCCGAUCAACGUGUGUACUCUUGCGUCAUUGGAACUCUCCACGGGAGCCUGAUCGUGGCGGGACUGGUGGGCGACAUGGAGAAUUUGAAGGGUGUGAAGUUGUGGGAAGUGAGGGGCGAAUUGGGGAAGGAGUUCCGGUGGAUGGAAAUGGGUGAGAUGCCGAACGAGAUGGUGAAGAAACUGAAAGGAGAGAGUGAACGUGUGGCGUCAAUAGCGAUGAACGCGAUGGGGGAUUUCGUGUAUAUUCACAAUCCAUCGGAGCCGGCGGAGAUGAUCGCCGGCGAGAUUGUGAACGGGAUCUGCAAAUGGAGGAACGUUCGAAACGUAGUUAUGAAGGACGAAUCUCUAAUGCAGGGAAUGGUGGUGGGGUGUAGUGACGUGGGUCUGUGGGAUUUGCAGAAGGCGGUUUCUGAGAAUCGGAAUUUGGCCGUCAAAGUUCACGCUUGAAGCUAGAGAAAGCAGAUCCUAUCACGUUUGAUUUACGCUUGGUUCGCCGAGUUUUAAGGAAAGCCUGUGAUUGAAAAGAGAGGAAUUGAUUCUGAAAUGAUGAGUUCACCAAUAUAAUUACGUGAUAAUUGACGAGGUUUGGAUCGUUGAUUUUGUGAUCGUAAAGAAUUGAUUAGAAUAUUCGGAUGAAU